CCGCCGCCGCCGCCGCGAGGGGAGAGGCGGCCGCACAGCCUGGCUCCCCGCGCCCUGCUCGCCGCCGCCGCUCGCACAAGCCCCGCUGCUGGCCCUCGCCCCACCGAGCGCACCCACCGGCACACGCACCCCGGCCGCCGGGCGCACCCCAGUGCACGCCCCCCGCGGCUCCACCGGGCGCCCGAGCAGGGCAGAUGCGCCGCCGCGCGCCCCCCCGCCCCGGGCCCGCCACCGCGCUCCGCCACGCGCGGGGGGCUCCUCUCCCGGGCCCCCCUGGCUGCCCUGCGGCUCCGGUUCCCUCCCGCUCCUUGGAAUAACCCCUGAGGCUCCAGCCGUCGUUGCAAAGUUUCCCGAGGAGACCCGCCUCCCUGGCCGCUGCGCAGGUGAGAAGGCAGGGAACAGUUGAGAAGAACGACUCCUUUUUGGACAGACAAGACCAGGGGGUGAGGCAGGAAUAACGCGUCCCCCGCCUCCCCAGCAAGAAAACCUUCUCUCAAACAGGAGCAGCCGAGCAGCUCUGAGCCCUCCACCCAGCAUCUGCCCAGAGGCAUGUGGGGCCUGACAGCUCAGCGGUGCAUGUCAGCGGCUCCCGCCCCGCGGUGAACAUCUGAACUCCUCCGCGGGGUAAUGGACCCCCUCUUCCCCCUGGAGACACAGCCUGAGUGGCAGGAAUAGUGAUUCUUUGGAGACGGGCUCCCUCUUAGCUCUGUCACGCAAGAACGCUCUCUGCAGGGCAGCCCAUUCUGCCAAGUGACUUAAAGGGAUUAAAAAAAACACAAAACUUGGUGAAGAAAAGGGGGUGAAAGCCACGUAGAAGCCUUUCAGAGAAGGUGGCAGCCACCCGACAAAAGGGCAAAAGUUGAAAGGAGGCCGGAGGUCUCCCUCCCCUAGAUGGGUACCUGGCUGUAGGGCAUGCCUGGGGGGCCCAUAACACCCUCAGGCUGUGCACAGGAGUCCCAGGGCCUUGGAGGGGCGCCCCUGUGGGCUCCUCAUGCAUGCCCCUCACUCCAGAGGGAGAGGCCAGCAGCAGGGGCAGCCUAGGUCACAGAGGAUGCGGCUCCAGAUCUGCAGCCACAUCUGAACACCAGGAGCCCAGCAGAGCAAGCACAGGGCCUCUCCCCAUGCCCUGGGGCACCCCCAGCGCCACCCAAUGCCCCAGAUCUGCGGUCUGCAACCCAAGUGUCAGGGCCACGGGGCCUGAAUGUGACGCAGACCAGGCCCAGUGGACCGGAGCAGAGGCAUCUAGAGCAGAGCUCCCAGCCAGACCCAGCAGGCUCCAGGUCGCAGCUAAGGAGGUGUAGUGGCUCCAAAUCGGGUGAGGCCCGGCUCCCUCAGCCAUCCACCAUGGUGGUGGCACACCCCACCGCCACUGCCACCACCACACCCACUGCCACCGUCACGGCCACUGUUGUGAUGACCACAGCCACCAUGGACCUGCGGGACUGGCUUUUCCUCUGCUACGGGCUCAUCGCCUUCCUGACAGAGGUCAUCGACAGCACCACCUGCCCCUCAGUGUGCCGCUGUGAUAACGGUUUCAUCUACUGCAAUGACCGGGGCCUCACCUCCAUCCCUGCUGACAUUCCCGAUGACGCCACCACCCUCUACCUGCAGAACAACCAGAUCAACAACGCCGGCAUCCCCCAGGACCUCAAGACCAAGGUCAACGUGCAGGUCAUCUACCUGUAUGAGAACGACCUGGACGAGUUCCCGGUCAAUCUGCCCAGCUCCCUGCGGGAGCUGCACCUGCAGGACAACAACGUGCGCACCAUCGCCAGGGACUCGCUGGCCCGCAUCCCACUGCUGGAGAAGCUGCACCUGGAUGACAACUCCGUAUCCACUGUCAGCAUCGAGGAGGACGCCUUCGCCGACAGCAAGCAGCUCAAGCUGCUCUUCCUGAGCCGGAACCACCUGAGCAGCAUCCCCUCGGGGCUGCCCCGCACACUGGAGGAGCUGCGGCUGGACGACAACCGCAUCUCCACCAUCCCGCUGCAUGCCUUCAAGGGCCUCAACAGCCUGCGGCGGCUGGUGCUCGAUGGCAACCUGCUGGCCAACCAGCGCAUCGCCGACGACACCUUCAGCCGCCUGCAGAACCUCACCGAGCUCUCGCUGGUGCGCAACUCUCUGGCCGCGCCCCCCCUCAACCUGCCCAGCACCCACCUGCAGAAGCUUUACCUGCAGGACAAUGCCAUCAGCCACAUCCCCUACAACACGCUGGCCAAGAUGCGUGAGCUGGAGCGCCUGGACCUGUCCAAUAACAACCUCACCACGCUGCCCCGCGGCCUGUUCGACGACCUGGAGAGCCUGGCCCAGCUGCUGCUCCGGAACAACCCCUGGUUCUGCGGCUGCAAUCUCAUGUGGCUGCGGGACUGGGUGAAGGCGCGGGCAGCCGUGGUCAACGUGCGGGGCCUCAUGUGCCAGGGCCCCGAGAAGGUCCGGGGCAUGGCCAUCAGGGACAUCACCGGCGAGAUGGACGAGUGCUUCGAGACAGGGUCCCAGAGUGGAGCGGCCAGCGCUGCUGCCAAGACCACGGCCAGCAACCACGCCUCUGCCACCACACCCCAGGGCUCACUCUUCACCCUCAAGGCCAAGAGGCCAGGGCUGCGCCUCCCUGACUCCAACCUUGACUACCCCAUGGCCACGGGCGAUGGCACCAAGACCCUGAUCAUCCAUGUGAAGCCCCUGACGGCGGACUCCAUCCGCAUCACGUGGAAGGCCGUGCUCCCUGCUUCCUCCUUCCGGCUCAGCUGGCUGCGUCUGGGCCACAGCCCGGCCGUGGGCUCCAUCACAGAGACCCUGGUGCAGGGGGACAAGACAGAGUACCUGCUGACAGCCCUGGAGCCCAAGUCCACCUAUAUCAUCUGCAUGGUCACCAUGGAGACCGGCAACACCUAUGUGGCUGAUGAGACGCCCGUGUGUGCCAAGGCAGAGACAGCCGACAGCUAUGGCCCCACCACCACGCUCAACCAGGAACAAAAUGCAGACCCCAUGGUGAGCCUGCCCUUGGCAGGCAUCAUCAGCGGUGCCGUGGCUCUCGUAUUCCUCUUCCUGGUCCUCGGGGCUAUCUGCUGGUAUGUGCACCGGGCUGGUGAGCUGCUGACCCGGGAGCGGGCCUACAAUCGGGGCAGCCGGAAAAAGGACGACUAUAUGGAGUCGGGGACAAAGAAGGAUAACUCCAUCUUGGAAAUCCGUGGCCCUGGGCUGCAAAUGCUGCCCAUUAACCCUUACCGCGCCAAAGAGGAGUACGUAGUCCACACCAUCUUCCCCUCCAAUGGCAGCAGCCUCUGCAAGGGCACGCACACCAUCGGUUACGGCACCACGCGGGGCUACCGGGACGGCGGCAUCCCUGACAUAGACUACUCCUACACAUGAUGCUGGCCGCCCGGCUGCCCCACCCAGUGCCGCCUCCUCCUGUCUGGCCAGCUUGCCACCAUCUGACAGAGCAGGAAAGGAAGUCCACAGUGACUUCCCAGCAGAAAGCAAAAUUUGGGGAGGGCUGACAAUUUUGUAGAACACAGUGAAAAGAAAAAAACAUUUUUUUUUAAGAAUAGAAGGCAGGAGGAGGAUCUGACGUUGCUGAAGACAUAAUUUAUACCAAAUUAUGCCAGCUGGGGAGGGGAAGGACUAAAAAUAAUAUUGCAGGAAGGGUUGGUUGGGUUUUUUCUCCUGAACUGGAAGGACGCUACCUGUACAAUGUCUGUGUACACCUCACACUCUGUCCAGGGACGUCACAAAAGAACCGUCAGAGAGAAGCAGCCGACACGCGAAGCCCCACACAGCUCUGGCUGCCAGUCGCUCGCCAGCAUCGACGUGAUGGAAGGUGUUCAGGCUCCUCACAAAGGAGAGGGGAAGGAAAAUAUCUUUUGCUGUGAAGAUAUUGUCCUGAAAUCUCUUCCGUGGUUCUUUCCAUACCGUUUCCCUUACAGGUUUGCAGAAAUAGUGCAUCUUUUACUGCAUUCUUUGAACAACGAUGUAGUCAAUUAAAAAACAAACUUUCUUUUCCCCUCUUUCGUUCCAUGCACCACACUCUGUGGAAGCCCCACAAGGGGCGGUGGCUUUCCCAGCCACUUGGACGUGCAUCUACCUACCUAUCCCUGUCAUGUCUCUAAAUGCAGAUGGGUAGAUAGAACCACACAGAUGGUCCUUACAGUACUUCUUGGGUCAAGUCAUACACUGUCCUGAGACAAUAGGAUUGCAGAAGUGUUGCUUUCUCUUAGGAAAUCAACGAUUAAGUAGAAGUGUGUUGGGAUGGGAGUAAUGGGGGGACAAUACGGCUCCUAAAGGCAGAGGCGUGUCCUGGGCAGGUGGCUAAGGAGGCCCUAGGCAAGGCUUGCUUUCAGUUCAGCUGUAUCUCAGGUUGGCCAGAGCUGGGCUGUACCCCUUUCUGACACAGACGAAACCUUUCUCUGACUGCCAGUGUCCUCACCUCCACCCCCCACCAGAUGCAAUCUCCUCAACAGCUACUUUCUGAACGUUUAUUCUGUGCUGUGUGCCUCCUCCCAGGACAGGUAAUGGGUACAGGGACUUUUUUUAUAUAUCAGCUGAUUAGAGCUAAUGGUUUCCAUGGCUGCUUAAACAAAGCCUAGAAAAAGACAUGGAAAUUCUCAGAAAAGCCCUGGGAGACAGACCCCUCCUUCCUGCCCCCCGACCGCCCCUGCAGGCCCCCGAAUGUACAACACUCGGCUGUGCCCACCCCAGGAUCUCUACUCUGGAGAGGGGAGACCAGAUCUUUCUCAAAAAAUGCCAGCUUCCAAAAGGGCCCUCUGAAGAGUUAAGAUUUUAUUUCUUCCCAGAGGAAUCCGUGCUGCCAUCAUUUACCAGCCGACAGUGCAGUUUGGCAAGCCAUGAGACUAAAAUUAUGAUGAAAUAAUGACAGUGGACCUGGAAAGAAGAGAGGAGUGGUGCCUGGGAUUCUGACGUCCCUUGCGUCCCCGCACUCAGGAAACUCACGUCACCAUCUGUCAACGUGCCGCUUGCCCGGUGCCAGGGAAGAACUGUGUCAAUGGAGAACCACUGGUCUGAGGGCAGUGAGGAUGAGAAGGUGUCCGGCUCCUGGAGGUGGUGUUUUCAAAAGGCCUCAGCUGCUUUGACAGAAGCCA